UAUGCGCGCGUUUCCAUAGCCACUGGUGACGUCAUAAGGGUGACGAGCCGUGACCAACCGCGACCAUUUGUCGGUCCUGCUUGCGAGCAGCUACCACCCGUACUGUUCCGGAUAUGGUAGGGAGGGACUUGAGCACCCGUGUCUGCUGAUUGGUCCGUGAAAUGUGCCACUCUGGCUAGCCCGCGAAAGAGCGAACUAUCUCUGAUGAUCUCAUCUCUGAUGAACAGUUGUUCAGGACGUGCUUCGCGGACUCUUGGCCAAAAAUGUCGACCGAAAAUUGGUGUAACGGCGAAGUCGAAGCCCUCCUUGGAAUUGUCGGCGAGGAGGACAUACAACGGGACCUGGAUGGCGCCGUGCGCAACCAGAAGACCUUUAUUGUGAUUUCUGGUCGCAUGAAGGAGCUGGGGUUCGACCGCACCGCCGAGCAGUGCCGCGCAAAGUUAAAGAAACUGCGUGGUGACUACCGCAAAGUGAAGGACCACAACAGCCGGAGUGGGGUCCACAGAAAGAACUGGCGGUGGUUGGAUUUGAUGGACGCCAUUUAUGGCAACAGACCGGCCACACAAGGGAGGGACGCCACAGCGGAGAGCGACGAAGCCCGUUGCCGAUCACUUGUGGACGGCGAAGGAGCACGUGUGUCGCUCCAGGGCGAGGAGUCCCCUGCCUCUGGGCCCAGCGAGGUCGACUUUCGGUGCAGCACUCCUGCACAGGCGACUACUGCGUCAUCUUCGUCUUCAUCCACACCGUCAGUCGACCCGCCGUGCUCCCCCAUACCACCUCCCAGAGGACGUGAAACUCCACCGGCACUUUCACGCACGCAGCAGCGCUCAGCACGGAGGCGGCGGGAUCAUCCCAGUGAGCUGUCGAUGGUCCUCCGAGAGCUCCAAGCUAAUGACUCAAGGCUGGCACAGCUCAACCACGACCUUCUGAGGGAGGAGCUGGAGCGCCAUGACCGUGCCCGCCAGGAGGAGCUGCGUCUCCGCCGUGAGGAUAUGGAAGCCCGCCAGGAGGAGCGGCGUGCCCGCCGGGAGGAGCGCCGUGCCCGCUACCAGGACAGAAAGGAAGAGCGGCGUCUGCACCUGCAGUUUCUUGAGGCCCAGGCUGAAACUGCCAGGCAGAAGGAAGCCAGAGUGACUGCGGAGCUCCAAGACCACAACCAAUUCUUCUCAAGAAUAUUUGCACAGGGUGUGUCUGCGCUGACACAGGGCUCGGCAGCCUUGCGUGACACUGCGCUGACAGAGUAGUUGUCUGAGAGCAAUAAAAGUUGUGUG